UAAUUCGUAUUUCGUACAACAUUUAACUCCGGGCGUAAAUGUUUUGAUUUUAGUAAAGGUUAAAUAUUUUGCUUCGUGCGUGAAAUAGGACUAAAUAAAUAAAAUGUCCCUAGCUAAAUUAUUUACAGUUACUUCUAGAGUGAGAUCUAGUGCUGCUGGCGGAAUUGUACUUCGUCAUGCUCAGUACAGCACCCCUAGUGACAACAAGGGCGAAAAAGUGUACCCGCCACAGGUGCCAGGCUACAUGUAUGUAAAUGCAGAAGAAUUGGACAUGAGUUUCAGAGCUAUGACAGACAGAGCAGCACAGACAAUGUUCUGGACUGAAUUGGCAAGAGGUUUUGCAGUAACAUUAGCUCAUAUCUUCAAGGAGCCGGCUACAAUUAACUAUCCAUUUGAGAAAGGGCCUUUGUCACCAAGGUUUCGAGGGGAGCAUGCUUUAAGGAGGUACCCAUCUGGAGAGGAAAGAUGUAUUGCAUGUAAAUUAUGUGAAGCUAUCUGUCCAGCACAGGCAAUCACAAUAGAAGCAGAGGAGCGUAAGGAUGGUUCGCGGCGAACAACUCGCUACGACAUUGACAUGACCAAAUGUAUCUACUGUGGCUUCUGCCAGGAAGCCUGCCCUGUUGAUGCUAUAGUCGAGGGGCCAAACUUCGAGUUCUCUACGGAAACACACGAGGAAUUACUCUACAACAAAGAGAAAUUGCUCUCGAAUGGCGACAAAUGGGAGAGUGAGAUUGCUGCAAACAUCAAAGCCGAUCAUCUAUACCGCUGAUUAAAAUCAGAUACUGAUUUUUAAGUAGAAUGUAGUAAUAUUGUAACAUAUAAUACAAUUUUUUUUUUCGUGUAAUUUAAUUGUUAAUAAUCUGUAGUUAAAACAUCUUCUUUGUGAACAUAAAUAAUUCAGUUGUUAUUAAAGCAAUGCAUUGGUGUAACUACAUUCUAUUUUAAGCUCUUGUUGUUAGUUGAUGCACAUUUCAACAUAACAACUAUGUUCUGUAAACGAUGGAUAUAUAGCAGUAAUUAAAUUAUGUUCUAGAAUAUACAGAUACGUGCA